CUUAUAUAUAAACGCGUUUAGGGUCACGUUAGCGAGUUUAUUAUUGUGUAGGUUGUAGCAUAGACUGGAUACCCGAUCCACAAUGUUACAGGUUCUGACGUUGAUUGCAGCCACGUUAAAUUGUGUUUACGUGAGAGGUUACGAUGUUAGAUUGACUUACGGAAAUCAAGAGACGACAGAAAAUGGUCAAUCUGUCUUAACGGUUCCCGUCUUUCUUCUGUCGCAGAAACGUCAACCCUCUCCGAAUUUUGCACCACCACCGCAUCCGUCUCCACAGUUCUCUUAUGGAAAACCUCAGCAAUUUAACUACGUUCAACCUAAUCAUAAUAUAUUAAGACGUCCCCCACCCGUGCCAGUCUCUAAUCAUCAUCAUCAUCAGGAAAAAUUCCGUCCACCGUUUAGAGGUGUACCUAAUCAUAAACCGUACCGAUCUUUUAACAAACCAAUAAAACAAAUUUCCCACAACCAGCCAUCGUUUCCUGUAAUUCCUCCGCCAUCAUCCAAUUAUUUGAAGGCGACGAGUAAUUAUAAUGUGCCAGACUUUCAUAAGCCAGUGCCGCCGAUCAAUAAUCACAACAAGCAACCUCCUCCCCCUUCGUCUUCCUUUCAGAAACCGAGUUUACCAGUGCAAACUCACUAUAUACCAUUGCCUCAGAGUACCAGCGAUCAGAGGAAGAUUCCUUCGGCUCCUCCUCAGAAGCCAUACGUUCAAUCUUCUCAAUACACUACCAAUUACAGAUCUAAACCGUCUCAGUUGUAUACCUCUCAUCAGCAACCAAGUUACACCGUUUCCAAUCCUCAAAAUCCAUCAAGUUACUCAGCACCAAGACCGAGUUACCAUUCCUCGACUUCUCAACAGUACUCUUCACCAGUUACUUAUACGACUUCUAAACAUAGUCAUAGUCUACCCUCGAGUUAUAAUCAACCGUCUUCUAACUACAACUACCCUUCUGGCGGUGCAAGAGUUUCGCCCACAUCCUACAGGCAACCUUCAGGAUAUACUUACGACAAUCAAGUAGUACAAAGCACGAGUUAUUCCGGUCCUCCAGCAGCUUCUACGUAUACUGCACCGUCUACUAAUUACGCUUCCCCUACCAAGAAUGAACAAUACGGUACCACAGAGGUGAUCCUUACAGAAGAAGUUAAGCCAGUUCAAAGUUCAAACGUACCCGUACAACAAGCCGAAGAGACCGUGGAAGAUAACACCACAGUAAACUAUAAAGUGAUAUAUAUACCUCUAGAGGUAUUAAAAAAUAUCUUGACUAACAGUGGACUAAAAUGA